AUGAACGAUAAUGGGGAGAGAUUUGCGGAAUUGUGUGCGCUCAAAAACCUGGUCAUUGGAGGUAGCAUAUUUCCUCACAAGCGGAUCCUCAAAAACACCUGGGUAUUACUGGAUAGUGUGACAGAAAACCAGAUUGACCACAUCUGCAUUAAAAAGAAGUUUAUAAGAUCCCUGCAGGAUGUUAGAGUUAGAAGAGGAGCAGAUGUGACGUCCGACCACCACCUAGUAGUAGCCAGCAUGCAGCUGAUGUUAAAGAAGAACUGGAAGGAAACAACACUGUGUAGAGUGAAGUAUGAUGUCCGCUGCCUAAGGAUCACCAGCGUCAGGGAGGAGUUUGGACUUCAGAUGAAGAACAAGUUCAGUUGA